UUAUAAGAGGGCAUUUGGAAAUAUAUUUAUUAAGAGUCAGUGUAUAUAUGACUUCAUUCUUUACUUAUACUUGCUGUUACGUUCGUUAGAUAGUUAAAAGUACUCAUUUGAUCUAGAAGGACUAAAUUAUGAAAGAAACAUUGAAAGCCAAAGGAAAGUAAUAGUAACCUGGUACAAAAAUGUAUAAACAAUAGUGUACGUAGAGUGAAAGGCUAACCAACGUUUUUAAGCAUAGAACGUUUGCACAACUGUUGCAUUUGGAAGUACUAAUUGGAACUAUAACUCUUAUAUGAUAUACAACUGGUAAAGAGUUCAUGUUGGUCAUCGGAUAUAUUUUGCCACAAUGUCAUAUACAAUGGUACAAAAAUGGGCGCAUUGUAUCCGAUAAACUAAAACUUUACUGAACAAACUAUGGGAUGUAUUCAAUCAGGAAAACGCCAUUUAUAUACUGAUAAUGAAAAACAACUUUCAGUGACCAUUGAGUCGAAACCAGCGGCUGAAAAUAGACCAGAACUUUCGGAAGAACAUAAAAUAAUUGUUCGUGAAACUUGGAAUGUAAUUAAGUUGGAUAUCUCGAGAAUAGGCGUCGUUAUGUUUAUGAGGUUGUUUGAAAAGUACCCAGAUGUCCAGCAAUUGUUCGUGCAUUUCCGUGGAUUAUCGUCUACUGAGCUGCAAAACAAUAAGAAAUUAAGAGAUCAUGGGUUGCGCGUGCUGAACACCUUAGACAAGUGUAUAACUCGUAUAGAUGACACAGAAAGACUUGAAAAACUGCUGCUUGAACUUGGCCAGAAACAUGUCAUGUUCAAUAUCAAAGUGGAAUACCUAUAUUUACUAAUCCCUCAGUUGCAGCAAUCACUGAUGCCGGUUCUAGGAGAUUCUUGGACUUAUCUGGUGGAAAGUGCGUGGUCAGCUUUUCUCAAAUAUAUCAUUCAUAUUAUGGCCGAGGGUAUGGUUUCAUAGCACAACAAUUAACCAGGCGUCUUGCCCAAUGUAGGUUAUUUCGCAGACAUUUAUGCCAUCGUAAAUGACUAUGAAUGCCCAAUAUACAUGUUGUGUUUUAAUAGUGAACAACAACGGGAUGUCACAUAUUCAGAUUGUUGCCGCAAUGGUCACAAAACAUAAAGUAUAUAUUGUGAACCAUUAACACUAGAUGCCUUGGAAACCACGGAACAAGUGACAUACAUCUGCAUGUAUGUAAACAACAAAAGCACAUGCUGCUACUUUUAUUCCACAUAUAAAUGCAUAUUUAUUGAAAGCAUAUUUUAUCUAUGUAAAAAUGCGAAUAUUUGCGAUUUUAGAUGGGCAAUAUAGUCUAAUAAAUUUCAAAUUACUAAAAUGCAUAACGCGACACGUAGCAACUAGCACGUAUGUGGUUAUGUAUGUUGCAUUUACAGCUGAGUGAUAUUUAUAAAAUGAUUUAGGAAAACUCAAACUUUAUAUCUUUUUCCAUGUAGUAAAACCGCUUCGGGCCUCGAGCAAAUGGGUUUCAUUCCCAAAAUACCAUACAAACCUUCUGUCUUUUUUUUGUUUCUCUUCAGAAUGGCGUAUCAAAUGUGUUAUUAUAAUUAUAUGUCUUAUGAUUACAUAAAACGUGUAUAAACAUGCCUUAUAUUGCUAUACUGAAUCUUAACUGUACUCGGUAAGCAUUAAUCAACUAAUAAUACCAAAUACUCAGAUGACAUUACAAAGGCACACGUACCAUAGAAAGGUACUCUUGAACG